AUUGAUUCAGUGUAAUAUAUAUUUAUAUUUAUAUUUUUUCUUAGUGCAACUGAAACAAAAAAGAAGAUUCAAACUAUUUUGAAUUAUACAAAAAAAAACUUUUCUAGUAUAAAAAUUUGAAAUAUAUAAAAGAUAUGUGAUAUUAAAUAUAUACACGUAUAUAUAUUUAAUAAUUUAUGAAGAAUUGUGAUAAUUUUAGAAGAAAUAAAAUUUAUGUGAUAACAUGUUAGAAGACGGAGUUACUACUAGUAUUUUAUGUACAUUUUUUAUUAUAUUUUUCGUACUUAUAUUAAAUUUUUUUCAAUAUCUUGCAAGAGAAUCGUAUAUUCACAUUAGAGAUGUUACAAAAGAGCAUAACUGGAAAUCUAUUAAAAAAGAAAACAAGGCAUAUUAUUGUAGUAUUUGUGAAAACUUGUUGUUAAAUAUUAGUGGUUUAAUCUGUGAUUCAUGUGGAGUUUGUGCUGAUCCUACAUGUGUUAAGAUUGCAGAUAAGCAAUUAAAAUGUAAAAUUAUUACUGCAAAUAUAAAUGAACCAAUGAAUCAUCAUUGGAUAAAAGGAAAUUUACCACUAAAUGUUAUUUGUGACAUAUGUAAUGAAGAUUGUGAUAUGGAACCUGGAUUAACAGAUUGGUGGUGUUGUUGGUGUCAUAGGUGUGUCCAUGAUGAUUGCAAAUCUAAACUUUCUAAAAUAUGUGAUUUUGGGAAAUUUAAAUUAAUGAUCAUUCCUCCAAGUAGUUUAGAAGUAAUAAAUCUACGAAGUACUGUAAGGCGUAGAUUACGUCUCUGUAAAGUUAUACCUCCAAAUUGGCCUCAAUGGAAUCCUCUUAUAGUUGUUGCAAAUAAAAAAUCUGGUAAUAAUGAUGGAGCAGAAAUUUUGUCUCUGUUUAGGAUAUUAUUAAAUCCUGCACAAGUUGUUGAUUUAUCAGAAUGUGAUGCUGUUGCUAUUCUUGAAUGGUGUCGUUUACUUGGAAAAGUAACAUGCACACUCCUUGUAGCAGGUGGAGAUGGAACAAUAGCAUCUUUAUUAAAUGCUAUUCAUAAAGUGGGACUAAAGCCAAUUCCAUCUGUAGCAAUAAUUCCUUUGGGAACAGGUAAUGACUUAUCUAGAGUAUUAGGAUGGGGAAAAGAGCAUGAUUUAAAUAAGGAACCUGAAGAUAUUCUACAAGAAAUACAAGUAGCAGAAAAAGUGGAACUUGAUAGAUGGACUGUAAUAAUAAAACCAUAUGGUGGAUUAGGACUUAGAAGUUCCCAUCAAAUAUUCUACAUGUAUAAUUAUUUAAGUGUGGGUGUAGAUGCACAAGUAACAUUAAAUUUUCAUCGUACAAGAAAGAGUCGUUUUUAUUUUUAUAGUAGUCGAUUGUUGAAUAAGCUAUUGUAUUUAUGCUUUGGUAUGCAACAAGUAGUUGAACGAGAAUGUAAAGAUCUUAAUAAAAAUAUAGAAUUAUAUUUGGAUGAUAAAAAAAUAAAUUUGCCAUCCAUUGAAAGUAUUGUAAUAUUAAACAUUCCAUCAUGGGCUGCUGGUGUUAAUCUAUGGAAUAUGGGAUUAGAAGAUCAUGAAAAAUAUAGUAAACAAAGUAUCAAUGAUGGCAAAUUAGAAAUAGUUGCACUUUAUUCUUCAUUUCAUAUGGCUCAACUUCAAGUAGGAUUAUCUCAACCUUACCGUCUUGGGCAAGCUAACAGUGUAAAGGUAAAAAUAAUAAAAUCUUGUGCUAUGCAAAUUGAUGGUGAACCAUGGUAUCAACAUCCUUGUGAAUUUAAUAUCAAAUAUUGUAAUAAAGCUACUAUACUUAUGAAUUCUACUAAAAAAACUAUAUAAUUCUUUCUUUUUGAAAAAUAAGAAAGAUUCAAUUGCAUAUACAUUCCAAAGUAUGAUUUUAAGUGGAUAAAAUUUACUAUUAUAUUAUUAAUAUAAUAAUAGAUGAAAUAUAAGAUGUAAAUUAUUUUUCAUUAGGGAUAUAGGGAAUGAUAACUCAAAAAGAUGAAUGAGAGGAAGAUGGAUUUUCUUGGUGUGAAUUCAUGUCAUGUAGAGGAAUUCAUGUAGAAGAAAAGAAAAUUGUAAAUGAAGAAUAAAGAAUCAUUUAAGAUUGA